AUGGGCCACAAAUGCCCACCCCUACCUGGUCUGCCCAGCCGUCCUGGCCCUGCCAGCUCCUGGCUGCAGCCUGUGCCUCCUGUCUCCUGCAGCCACCUGGGGAGGUUCCUUGACAAGGGCGGCUUUCAACAUCUCUACUGCCAAGAGCCACCUGACAAGGUGUGCACAGCAGAGCCUGCUGGAGCCCAGCAGCCGUGCAGGGAAGAGGGCAUUUCCACCAUGUUCCCAGCUCCUCUCACCAAGCACCUUCCACCUCUGGCCUCCGCCCCUUUGCCAGACUCAGUGAUCGUGCCAGUUUCCAUUCAUUUGGAUUUGCCCUCAAGUGCUUGUCCAUCACCAGAGCCUUUCCUUUGCCUGGACAGCCUUUCAUCCCGGCCACUUGCUCUUUCCCCUUUGCCCCCAUCUCCUCCUGAUGCCAGGGCCUGCUCGACCCCUCUGACAGCCCCCUCUGCCCCACUGCUGCCAGACUCCACUCCAAGACCUCAGCGUGACCCGCUGGCACUCCCACGGGGCACCACCCCACGCAGCUCGUCUCCACGCAUCACGUGGGCACCAGGCAUCUCAGGCCUCGACGGCUCCAGCUGUCCCGUUCCAGAGCUGCCUUGGUGCCAAGUGGCUUCCAAAGCCUGGAGGGUCUUCACCGUGACACGCUCUGAGUCCCAGCAAGGGCUCCUGUCUCGUCACCCACCGGAGGCCCCGUUCUGGGAAGACCCCACAGGCAGACAGGUAAAGGCUAGUGGCCUGCCCUUCGUCACCCCAGAUGUCCAGAAGCUGCUGGAGGUGCUAAUCACCAAGAGGGCAGGACUGAAGAUUCAGAAGGAGAAGGGAAAGGAGCAGGGACCAGGCUACCACCUGGAUUCAUCGGCGAAUACGUUCAAGUCCCUGGACCCCAGGCAUCGCCAACACUUCUGGAGCAUAAAAGGCCAACCAGCGGAGCUGCUUGGUCCUGAGAAGGCCGCAUAUCUCCGCACUCAGGGGGCCCAGCUACAGCAGACAUGCAGCCAGCUCUUCUGGGGUCUCCCCUUUCUGCACAGCCCAACCACAACCCUUGACCCCAACCAGGCCCCAAAGUCAGCCCCCACCUCUGGCUCAGGCGGAGACCCAGGCCCGACCCCACCUCUUGACACCAACCAGGCCCGAUUUCCAACCUCCACCUCUGGCUCGGGCAGCAGGGCCUCCCAGGCCCACAGCGCCUCCUCCGUCCCUCCCAGGAAUUUCAUCAGCCCUGGGGUUCGGGAGAAACUGGAGCAACACCUCCAGCAAAGGUUCACGCCACAACAGAGCACACCGCCCUUCAGAAGCCAGGUGUCUCAGAAACUGGUGGAGCCUCAGGGCACAUUCCCAGGGCCUUGCCAGGCACAGGGCACGAUGGGUCCCUCAAAGCCCUCUGCGUUUAUAGGCCAGGGGAGCUGUGAUGCACAGAAGAUGGGGUCCAGCUACCCCACAAGGGCCCCACCAGGGAAGGGCCUGUACAAUGAUGUAGGCCAUAGUGUGGGAAGGAUCCUAAAAGAUAUAUAUGUGACCUCAGCCAGCCACUCACCGAAGGCUCCAAGCAUGAAGACUGAGUUAAAAAGUCACUUGAGCAUGAAGACUGAGUCAAACAGAGACUUGAGCCUAGGCAGGAAGCACCCAGAAAAUGUCUUGGGAGUCCUUUUGGGCAGGAUGGCAGAGCAGACCCACGAGGGUCCCAUCCGUAUGAAUGUACAUUGUUCAAGGCCUGUCGCCAACCCUGUCUUAGACCUUCCUGAAGAGUCAAAUUCUCAUAAGGGAGCAGGAAGUCCAGAACCCCCCCAGGAUUGGGAACCCUGCAUGAACACCUCCCGUGAGUCUCUGGUCCCUAGUCGAUGCAUUCAGCAGGUGCUGGAAGCACAUAUCAUCAGGUUUCGGAGGAAGCACAGUUGGAGUUUACUACGCAAGGCCCUCAAGUUCCUAAGUCUCUUUAAGUUGAAAAAAGCUCACCCCAUGGCUGUUCCCAGCUCCACCGUGGAAGUCACCUGUGAAUCUGGGGACCUCUCAAAACCCCAGCCAACCGAGGUCUUGGAAAAGCCGCCUCAGCCCCAACUGGAAGAGAACGUCAGAACCACAGAGUCAGCUUCCACCCUGCUGAGUCCCCUCCUUGCCCCUUCAUGUCCCUGUGAGAAACUUCCAGGGGACCUGGGAGGGAGCCCACCUGGCAAUGUCCAUGAGCCCCCUGAGGCCUCUCUGAUUGGACAGGGGGACAAGUCACCUUCUCAGCCUGUCACAUACAAGUUUAUAGGCAGAAUCUGGCACAAUGAGUCUGUCAUGGGGGCUGAGAAAGGCAGCCUGCAACAGCCCAGUCCGAGUCCAUCAGUGGCCAGGGAUAAGCCAAGGGAAGAGACUGGGGGACGGGCCUCAUCAGACUCCUGCAGUAGCGUAACAGCAGUGGACCUGAACGCAUGGCCCCGGUCUUCCAAGGCCCAAGACACAGACCCUGCUUGGAAAAGUAUUUUGGACCCUGGUAUGAUGAUUAGGUCCCAAACCAUGAAUGUGGAUCAGAAGGGGUCCUGGUCUCCCAGGUCCAUAAAAAGCCUUUCAUCGAGUGCACAGUCCGUGGAACUAACUCCAGAAGAUGUAUACUCGGACGCACAGCUUCGGAAGCUUGAGGGCCAAAGGUUCGCAAAACCAGAGCAACAGCGCAUGAGAGUGCUCCUUCAGGACUGUGAAACUGGGGUGCUCCUGCAAGACUGUGCCACCAGCACCCUUCUUCAAGACUGUCACUCAGAUAUGUACCUUGCCGCAGACAUCUUGGCUGCUGAGGCAUCUCUGUCUCAUUCCCAGUCCUUGUCCAGUGGGGACAUGUCAGUUUCCCAGGCGCUCUAUGACCUGAGCUCCAGUGGAGGGAGCAGUUGGGGACCACAGGAGCCCUGGGGACAGCAGGCCCCAUCAAAGAGCCAGAGGAAGAAGUCUGGCCCCACUGAUGCGCGAGAGAAUGCUAGGAGGCCCAGGCCAGGACAGCACAAAAAAGGGCUGGCGGAGCGCAAGGCCCGCCAGGCCCGGGGGCUAAGCCGCCCCAGCCGGAAAAAGGAACCAGCAGACUCCCAAAGAAGCGAGGCCCGCCAGCUGACGCUGAGGAAGGGACGGGCUCAGUUGGAAAGCUCCUUCAGGAAAUACAUGAAGCUCUUUCUCCAGUGGGUUUCCCCCAGUAAAGACAGAGGACCCAAAAACCCCCUGCAAAAAGGCAAACCCGCUUCAGCCACUGCCCGGAGCCCAGACCCUGCCCAAAGCCGACCGUUUACAGACAGCACGGUCGCCGAGGCGGAGGCUCUCAUAACGGCUGUGGGGCAGAUCCUCGAGGAGAAACUGGCCCUUCACCCUGGACACGGACCUUAUGCCUCAGAGUUAAAUUGGCACGAAGGAGACCCCCAGGCCCCAGCGGGGCAGCGUUACUGCUACCACAGGGUUGUCUCCUACCAAGAGCACAGGAGAGUGAUGAGAGAGAAGCCCUGCGAUCCCCGAGCUACCCGCAAGGGCCACAGCUGUCAUGGCAGGAGUAGGCGGGCCAGUCCCAGCCACAGAGACGGCAAGUGGGCCUUCCCGCCCGAGGAGCCAGGGCCCCCAGGCAGACGCGGCCAGCACGGGCCGGGAGCGGCAGGCAUCCCCGGCCACCCCGCCCACUGUCCGAGGCACUGUCUCCUUCGGAACUGCGCCUCUCCUGCGCCGUCGCGGUACACUCCCUACGUCCUUCCCAGGAGGGCGACUCUUCUCCCGGGAACAACCUACACCAUGCAGAGAGCUUUUUUCUCUCAGGUUAGCACAUCCCCUUUGUGCUAA